AGCUCGUCUAACCUCACACUGUUUCUCCCUUACAGUCAAACAUCAGUGACGUCAGUGAGAAGAAUGAGGCGGCGCUGUCUGUCCUAGCUUCCUGCCGUCGUGGUUUCAGAUCUUCGGGUCCGGUAAGGUUCAGUUUGUCUGAUGGCGCGGCACAGCAAGCUUCAGAAGCAGGUCCUGGCUCUGUACCGGCAGUUCCUGCGGGCCGGCCAGGACAAACCGGGCUUCAUCCCCCGAAUCCGCGACGAGUUCAGAGAGAACGCUCGCAUCAAGAAGACGGACGUGAUGCACAUCGAGUAUCUGUACCGACGAGGACAGAGACAGCUGGAGCAGCUGAAGGACGUCAACACCAAACAGCUGGGCUCCUUCUCGAAGCCCGGACAGAAGAGCUGACCUCUGACCUGGACGACGUCAUGUGACCCCCGAUCAAACCAACAAAGACUUGAGACAUGCUGAGAUGUUGAAUUCAAGGAUGGAGCGCUCGGCGAUGUGGUCACAUGACAAGUCGCUGGAACAAAGUCCAGUAUGUUGGAAAGGCUGCACGCUCUGAAUGUUGAGGCGACGUCCAAACUGUCCAAACUCUGAGACAAACAGACUGUGAGAAACUGAUGAGAUGAAAUCAAUCAAUAAUCAAUAAUGUAUCCUCAUCAAACAGGAAGUAGACUUCUGUGCUAUGCAUUGCAGCUACUGUUGAACGAGGAUCUGUUGGAUCAUUUCAGGUCAAACAGCUGGAGGUACGAGGGCACGACAUUCAGGAAUUCAAGCAAAUAAAAUAUGGAGAAAAAAGUGACCUCAUCAACCUGACAGCUACAAAAAUCAAUCAGAAAAUAAUAAAUUAAUAAAACAACA